AAACAUUACUGAUUGUAUCAACAGUCUUUAUUAGUCGUGUACGCAGUAGGUAGUUGAGAAAGACUUAACAGUAGCAUAAAAAGAAUACUGGGACAUUCAAAAAAUAAAGGAAAACUGACAGACGCAUUCAUAUGAAAAGAGAUAGUGCUACGAAAAAAAGAGUAUGCAUGUCCCGAUCGUAUAUACGUCUUUGCUUGCAAUGCUUGCAUUCCGCGCAUCUAGUGUAAACCAUUCACGAAAAAACAAUAUAAGUGGACAGACCUUAUAUAACGUUGGCAUAAAUUACAACAUGACAUUGUUAAGCAUUAUCGGUAAGGCUAUGAAGAACGUAGAAUCUGAUGUUCGGGAAGUAGCAGAAGAAAUGUGCCGUCUGCAUCGUUGUAAAGAAUGGACAGAGUGGUCCGAUUGUGAUGUCAGCGCAGAAAAACAAAGACGUGUCGGUGUUCAAACCAGAUCACGGACAUGCGGGGAAAACACUACCAUUUGCGAGCGAUAUGGAAUAUCUAGAACAGUUUUGGAUUAUAAGGUCUGUGAAAGUAAAUUUAGAUGUUCGAAGGAAUAUAAUUUUACAACAAAUGGCUUUUGCUUUAAAUACUACGCAGGCCCGAAAUCCUGGGAUAACGCUGAAGCCGUUUGUCGAUCUGAUAGUGGUCAUCUGGUGCAUGUUGAUUCAGAAUUAAAAGCCAAGGACGUUAAUGAUACCCUACUUGCUCAAUCGCUCAAAAGGAAUGAGGUUUGGAUAGAUGGUAGAAGAUCUGUUCAAGCAGGGCUUUGGUCAUAUGGGUACAAAGCAACAAAUCCAAACUUUACUUAUUGGGGUGACAAUGAUCCUGAUAAUGGACCAACUGAACUCUGUAUGCUGUACAACAACUAUGAUAAAACGAAUUUUCUCUGGCGUUAUUUUGACUAUCCAUGCAAUUCGUCAUUCCAGUUCAUCUGCCAGAUUUUUGCAUAGUUAUGACUGACUGUUUUGGCAUAAUUUCGUAUUCUUAUUUCUGUUUUUAACAUGUAUCUUCACAGAUAUUAUGUUUUCUGGAAUUAUCUUGAAAAGUCAAUAAGCGAUACUUAAUCCUUGUCAGAAAAUUAUAUUGAUUCAAAAAAGAUAUUUUAUGUAAAACAAAU